AAACUGUCACGUGAAAUGCAUGUCACUGCUGUACCGCCGUCUCGAGUGAUUUACUAAAAUUAUACCACCAGUAGCGUGUGAUAUAUCGUCCGUCUUGCUCUUUUAUAUAGAAGGCAAAAUUAUAUCGUAUUGGUGCGCACUACAGGUAUACCGACAUAUAUAACUUUUUUUUCUUUUCAUUAUGCAAUUCGCGACGUAACGUUGUCGGUUUUUGUAAAGGGGCUUGCAGAAGCAGACUUCUUAUAAUGGUAUAAUUAAUAUGUCAAUAAUGUGUCACUGCUGUACCGCCGCCUCUCUCAAGAACAAUCAGUUCACGAAAGCACAGAGCAAAUUACUGGCCUCGCAUGCCGAUGUCAAGACACAUGAGAUUUUGGUACUUCUUCUACGACUACGACAGGCAUGUUGCCAUCCAGCGUUAAUCCAUUCGAUGCUGGAUCAGGAAGACGUGAAGGAAAGCGGUAUAAUGAAUACGGAAAACGUGGAUGCUGGUUUCUUAUCCCGUGUGAAUAACAUGUCGUUCAAGUUUUAGUUCCGAAAAAUGUGUAACCAGUCAACUUGGAUUUUUUAUGUGUCAUCUACAAUGUGUGGAGUAAGCUUGGCGUUAGGAGUAAGAGAGAACCAUAAUCUUUAGCUUUUGGUGUAACGAAGCUAAGAUACAGGCAUAAUUUUUUAAAUAUAACACUGUCCACGAUGGCGUCUUGAUUCGCCGAGAGUAAGCUUGAGAGCUGAAAUAGGAGUGAGAAAAGGAUCGUCUACAAUAGAUGAGGUAAGCCUGGCGUAAGAAGUA